GCCGGAACACGUUGUCGCCCGUUGCCGCUAGUGAAAUGAAUCGAUCGCAGAUGAUUGGUACGAUUUCGGAGUUUAAUAGUUCCGCUGAUGAUUGGGAUGUCUACUACGAACGGUUGGAGCAGUUUUUCGACGUGAAUGACGUACCCGAUGCGAAGCGAAGUGCCUUUUUGAUCAGUGUCAUCGGUGCCGAUGCGUACAAAAGUUUGCGUGAUUUGUGCCACCCUGCAGCACCCCGGGAUAAAUCAUUUGCCGAUCUCUGUGAGUUGCUGCGGAAACAGUUCAGUCCACAGAUUUCGAUUUUUCGCGAAAGAGCUAGCUUCUACAAUGUCCGCCAGGAGUACCAGGAAAAUGCCACCCAAUGGUAUGGAAGGCUAAAACGCUUGUCAGUUAAUUGUAAAUUUGGUGAAAGUUUGCAAGCGAUUCUGAUGGAUAAAUUCAUUACGGGUUUGAAACCAGGCCAAGUACUGGAUCGAUUGUGCGAAGAAAAUGAAACGUUAAAACUAGAGCAAGCUUUGGACAUUGCCGUAAACAAGGAGUGUGCUGCUAAAGAAAAUGCCUACAUUACGCAAAAGUCCCCAUUUUACAAACCACAAAUUUGUCCAGCCCCCAGACUUCAAACGUGCUUCUUUGGAGGACAACCGGCACGUGCAGAAAAUCUCCUUUAUUCAGCUCCAAAACCGCUGGAACAAAGAUUCGGCAGACUAGCUGAUAAUUUUGGAGGAUUCUCUCAACCCCAAGCGCUUGGUGCAGCUGCACCUUCUUCGUUAUUUGGAAAAUCUGCAGAAAACUUUGCCUUUAAAUCACAACCUUUUGCAUCAGCUCCAAGUGGUACGCUGUUCGGCGCGGCUAGCGGCGGCGGUGGCGGUGGUGGCAUUAGCGGUGGCUUCGGAGCCCCAGCUCCCCCCUGUUUGGACUCAGCACCGGUUGAGCUAGAGUGCGCGGAAGUGUGCGCUGCUCCACCGGCACUGGAAGCCUGCUUGAAGGAAAGUGCGGUGGAAUCGGCACCAAUUCCGGCCCUCGGCGAUGGCCUACCGGAGGGAGCUAAUAGAGCUGGUGGCGCUCAGAAAAAGGGACGCGUCCGCACUCGACGACGUGGUGGAGCUCGUCGCGGCGCUGCUGGCGAUACUGCUGAUCGAGCUUCUGUUGACGGUGACCAAGAACUGUGAGUUUUCGGACGAGUUCGGAUGAGCGAGUGAAGUGUGAUAUAUUAUUAGUUAGUCUUUCGAUGUUAAUUUAGUUGAUAAGCUAUUUAAGAGGAAAAUUAUAAUUACAAAGUUAUACA